AUGCAUCUGUCGCUGUGGUCCCUGUUCGUGAGCUCCUGCUUGGCAGCUCCGGUCAUUGACCGGCAACAACAAGCCUUGCGCCCUCUGGACAAAUUUGGGCCUUAUACGCCAGACAACCGUGAUCCCUAUGACCACAAAGUUGACUCGUAUGGCAAUGACUGGCAGCCACUGCCUUGGCGUAAUGGUGAUGGUGCGACGAUGAUGGGCCCCCGGAACAAGGACCGUGAGAGACAAAACCCAGACAUGAUUCGGCCCCCGAGCACCGAUCAUGGAAGCAUGUCCAACUACCGGUGGAGUUUUGCCGACUCUCAUAUCAGGAUUGAGGAAGGAGGGUGGACACGUCAGACCACCAUCAGGGAACUCGGGUCGAGCAAGGAGAUUGCUGGUGUCAACAUGAGACUCGAUUAUGGUGUGAUUCGAGAACUUCACUGGCACAAGGAAGCUGAGUGGGCAUACGUCCUUGAGGGUAACGUCCGUGUCACGGCCUUGGACACUGAGGGCGGCAAUUUCAUCGAUGAUCUUCAGAAGGGAGACCUGUGGUAUUUCCCGUCAGGCCAUCCUCAUUCUCUGCAAGGCUUGAGCCCCAACGGCACUGAAUUCUUGCUCAUCUUUGACGACGGUAACUUCAACGAGGAGUCGACUUUCUUGUUGACUGAUUGGCUGGCGCAUACUCCCAAGUCUGUCCUCGGGGAGAAUUUCCGUCUCUCCCCCGAAGUGUUCAAGACCAUUCCCAAGUCCGAUAAAUACAUUUUCCAGGGGAGUCUGCCAGGCUCCAUUGACGACGAGAAGCCAGACGGUACGCACGUCAAGAAGUCAAAACUUCAAUUCACCCACAAGAUGCUGGACCAAGAGCCUCUCAACACCACCGGGGGUCUGGUCCGCAUCACCGACUCGACCAACUUCCACAUUUCCAAGACCAUUGCAGCUGCCCACCUUGACAUUGCACCUGGUGCUAUGCGUGAGAUGCAUUGGCACCCGAAUGCCGACGAGUGGUCGUAUUUUAUCAAGGGCCGUGCGCGUGUCACCAUCUUUGGGGCCGAGGGAAAUGCUAGGACCUUCGACUACAUGGCCGGGGACGUCGGUGUGGUUCCCAGGAACAUGGGACAUUUCAUCGAGAACCUGAGCGAGGACGAACCUGUUGAGGUUUUGGAGAUCUUCCGUGCUGAGAAGUUCCAGGACUUCUCACUGUUCCAGUGGCUGGGUGAGACGCCGAAGAAGCUGGUCGCGGAUCAUAUCUUCGCCGACGACAAAGCUGGAGCGAACAAGUUCUUGAAAGAGAUCCACGACGCAGAGUAUGACCCAAUCCGGGGAAAGGCCGAGGAUUCGUAA